GGGCAGAAACAUUUCUAUAAAAACCCAAGUGAUAGAGUACAGAACCUACUACAUGCUCAGUUGCAACUAGUUAUUCCAGUUCUUAUUUUUGUUUUCAGAAAAAGAAAACUAAAUAGAAGAUCAUGUCUAGUGACUGGGGAUAUGAUGGCCAAAAUGGUCCUGAACAAUGGAGCAAGCUGUACCCCAUUGCCAAUGGAAAUAACCAGUCUCCCAUUGACAUUGAAACUAGUGCUGUCAAACAUGACACCUCUCUAAAGCCCAUCAGCAUCUCUUACAAUCCAGCUGGUGCCAAAGAAAUUGUCAACGUGGGACAUUCCUUCCAUGUGAAUUUUGAGGAUGAUAAAUCAGUACUGAAAGGCGGCCCUCUCUCUGACAGCUACAGGCUCUCCCAGUUCCAUUUUCACUGGGGCAGUACAGAUGAAUAUGGUUCUGAGCACCUGGUGGAUGGAGCCAAGUAUUCUGCAGAGCUUCACCUUGUUCACUGGAAUUCGGUGAAGUACUCCAGUGCGGCUGAAGCCAUCUCAAAGCCUGAUGGGUUAGCAAUUAUUGGUGUUUUGAUUAAGGUUGGCCAGGCCAACGCAAAGCUGCAGAAAGUACUUGAUGCCUUAGGUGAAGUUAAAACUAAGGGCAAACGAGCCCCAUUCACAAAUUUUGACCCCUCCGUUCUCCUUCCUUCAUCCCUGGAUUACUGGACCUAUUUUGGCUCCCUGACUCAUCCUCCUCUCCAUGAAAGUGUGACCUGGAUCGUCUGUAAAGAGACCAUCAGUGUCAGCUCGGAACAGCUGGCACAGUUCCGCAGUCUUCUGUCAAAUACCGAAGGUGACAAAGCUGUCCCCAUACAGCACAACAACCGCCCGCCACAGCCCGUGAAGGGCAGAGAGGUGAAAGCCUCAUUCUGAUGCAGCCAAGAAGAAGCUCAUCCAAGAAUCCACUCACGCUUCUGACACGACAUAAUCAGAUGAUCAUUUUUAAGAAACACGCUUUUUGAACACUGGCAAGACAGUACACCCACAUUUAUCCUGUAGAAUUAGAAAAACAUCAAGUUUAGGUCUUAGUGAAUAAUUCAGAUAAUCUGUAAGCUUUGCAAAUAUUGAGCUAUAAGCAUAAAUUUAUGAUUAAGUUCCAUUUGACUUUGUGUAAUUUUUAUAAUCACAACUGAUUUGUAUCUUUUAGCUGAUUCAAUAAAAUAGCUUCAUCUGUUUCA